UGCAAUUUGUUUCAAAAGUCAAAUAUCUAUUGACAGUUUAAUACAGCACCCAUUGAUGUUGUUCAAUUUAUAUAAAACAGUGAUCUAUGUGAUCAGUGAUACCGUUAAAACCCUACAGCCCAGUGGUGGCUAACAGAUUUAUCAUGCUUACAUGUAGAUUAUUAAUUAACAAUGUACUUGAAACUAUUAAAAUGAAAUAAAUUAAAUUAAAACCAUUGCACCUUAAAUUUAAAGCCUUCAUUUUUAAUGACAUGCAGUAAAUAUCAAAUGAGAAGUUUGUUAUGUAUUUUGAUUUUUGUAAUACCUCACUCGUUCAGAUACAUGGCGCACUCUGAACAUGUUAGUCCUGACAAAGGGUCUCGGCCUGAAACGUCGACUGCACCUCUUCCUAGAGAUGCUGCCUGGCCUGCUGCGUUCACCAGCAAAUUUUAUGUGUGUUGCUUGAAUUUCCAGCAUCUGCAGAAUUCCUGUUGUUUGCACACUUAACAUGAUGGAUUCAAUGAUGAGACCCGAGGGCUUCUCGAUACACAGGGUGGACUGAACUGCUGAUUCAGAGAAGGAAAAGGGUGGGGGUCUGUGUUUCAUGAUAAACCCUCUGUGGUGAUUAUAUACAGCCGUCUUGGUCUUGUCACACUCUUGUUCCCCCGACCUGGAACAUCUAACGAUUAGGUGCUGAUUGUUCUCCUUACCAAGAGAGCUCUUCUCAGUGACCCUGACCAUAGUUGACAUACUGCCAAGAGCCAACAUUAAUCAGGCACUCGAGAUAUCGAACGCUGCCAUCAUGAAAACAAGAAACUGCCCAGCCCGAUGCAUUUUAAAUCAUGGUUAGGGACUUCAAUCAGGCUUGUUUGAAGAAAUCUCCUCCAAUUAGCAUCAAAAUAUAACUUGCGGCACCAGGGGUCCCAACACACUCAAUCAUUGCUACACUAUGAUUAGGAGUGGCUGUGGGAUUGCUUAGAGUUGGUGGACUGGGCUGUGUUCAAGGACUCAUCAGAGGAUCCGAACGAAUACACCACAGUUGUCACAGACUUUAUAGAAACAGUCCCACAAAAUUAAUCAGUCUUCCCCCACCAGAAGCCCUUGAUGAACCAUGAGAUCCGUAAUCAGCUGAGGGCCUGAUCAGUGGCAUUCAGGUCUGGCAACCAAGGAAGAUACAAGAGGUCCACAUUCGACCUCUGGAAAGCCAUCUCACGUGCAAGGUGGCAUUUCCAGACCAAACUUGAACCACUGAAGGAUGCUCAACAGCUGUGUCCGGGCUUGAAUGCCAUCACCUCCUACAGAGUGAAACCAAGCGACAUACGGUAAAUGACAACAGGGCUUCACUUCCAGAGGAGCUCUAUGCCUUCUAUUCUUGCUUUCACUGUCAAAACAUGAAGGAACCUUUGUGAACUCCCACAGCCCCUGAUGACCCUGCGAUUUCGGUCUCUGAGGCCAACAUGAGAGCAUCCUUCAGGAGGGUGAACCUAAAGAAAUCAUCCAGCCCAGAUGGGGUACCACGCUGAGUACUAAAGACCAGUGCCAGUCAACUGGCUGGACUGUUCACCGAUAUCUUUAACCUCUCGCUUCAGCGGUCUGAGAUACCCACCCGCACCAAACAGGCUAUAAUUAUACCAGUGCCUAAGAUGAGGGUGGAAACCUGCCUCACUGAGUAUCAUCCAGAAGCACUUGCAUCCACUGUGAUGAAGUGCUUUGAGAGGUUAGUGAUAAAACACAUCAACUCCUGCCUGAGAAGCGACUUAAAUCCGCUCCAGUUUGCCCACCGGCACAACAGGUCCACAACAGAUGCCAUUUCACUGGCUCUCCACUCAACCUUGGAACAUCUGGACAGCAACAAUGUAUACAUCAGGAUGCUCUUUAUCGACCACAGCUCAGCACUUAAUACUAUCAGCCCCUCAAAACUGAUCAAUAAGUUUCAAUACCUCAUUUUGCAAUUGGAUCCUGGAUUUCCUCACUUGCAGACCCCAGUCAGGUCAGAUUGGUAACAACAUCUCCUCCACGAUCUCCACCAGCAGAGGUGCACCACGAGGCUGUGUGCUUACCCCCCUGCUCUACUCAUUUUACACUUAUGACUGUGUGACUCAGCACAGCUCCAAUGUUACAUUUAAGUUUGCUGGCACCACCACUGUCGUUGACCAAAUCAAAGAUGAUGACAAUUCGGCAUGGAAAAUCUGGCUGAGUACUCAGUGUCAGUAGGACCAAGGGUCAUUGAUUUCAUCAGGAGGACACUAGAAGUCCAUGAGACAGUCCUCAUCAGAGGAUUAGAGGUGGAGAGGGUCAGCAACUUUAAAUGCUUUGGUGUUAUCAUCUCAGGUGAUCUGUCCUGGGCCCAACACAUAAGCAAAAUGACAAAGAAAGCACGGCAACACCUCUACUUCCUUAGAAGUUUGUGAAGAUUUGGCAUGACAUGUAAAACUUUGACAAACUUCUAUAUAUCUGUGUUGGGAGAGUACAUUGACUGGUUGCAUCACAAUCUGGUAUGGAAACCCCAAUGUCCUUGAAUGGAAAAUCCUGCAAAAGGUAGUGGAUACGGCCCAGUCCAUCACAGGCAGCAUCUAUCAUCAAGGACCCCACCACCCAGGUCAUGCUCUCCUCUUGCUGCUGCCAUCAGGAAGGAGGUACAGGAGCCCCAGGACCCACAGCACCAGGUUCAGGAACAGUUAUUACCCCUCAACCAUCAGGCUCUUGAACCAGGAAGAUAACUUCACUCACUCCAACACUGAACUGUUCCACCACAUACUGAGCCCACCACAAACUAUGGACUCACUUUAAAUCUCACGCUCACAGUACUUAUUAUUACUGUUGUUGCAAAUGCACCAUUUGUUGCAUUUUGCACAUUGGUUGUUUGUCUGUCCUAUUGGGUGCAGCCUUUCAUUGAUUCGAUAGUGUUUUUUAGAUUUACUGUGUAUGCCCACAAGAAAAUGAAUCUCAGGGUUGGAUAUGGGGCCACAUAGAGUAUGUACUUUGAGGUUUGUCCCUCAGUUAUAUUUAUUAAGUAGGAUGCACAAACUUAUAUUUAUCUGUCAUCUUCCAUCACCGCAGAAUAUCUCAGUGAUUACAGUCCGAUGAUGUACUUUACAAAAUGUAUUCUCUGUUGUAAUGUAGAAAAGGAAACAGCUAAUAAUUUCACAAGUUAAAUUGAUUUGAUUUUUAUUGCGUUACUGACUGAGGGAUAAUUACUUAUUGGACAUGGGAAUUAAUUCCCCAGUCUUCUUUCAGAUACAGUAAAGCACACACUGAUCACCUGCUAUGCAACCGUUUGGAAAUGGCAGUGCUUUGGCAUGUGGCUCACUAUAUAUAUCCAGAGCUCCUUUUACACCCAAUUAGUCCUUGUGCUGCCUUUUAACUUAACUGAGAUAACUAGUAAAUUUAUUUUAACGUUGUGGAGCACCUAAAAUAGAUGAAUUAAUAAUAUGCUAGGGUAUUAAUAAUGUGAUACCACAGAUAGGCUAUGCAAUUGUCACAGGAUCUUCUUUGAUUUCAUUGUCUCCUUUGCAAUGGUUUUAACAUUUCAUUUAGUCACUAUAUUUUCCAGUUAACUUUCCGUUUUACAUUUACAAGAACACCCAGAUCAUUCCAUACAGUAGUACUCUGUUGGAUCUCUCUGUUUAAUCAUUUUCUGUUCUUGUCAGAGUGGAUAAACAUGUACUUCACACUUUGUACCAUCUGCCAAUUUUUUUUGACAACUCGCCUAACUCAGUAAUAGCCCCUUCAGACUCUCGUGUCCUCCUUAUAAUUUAUUACUCCCAUUAAGAGAGUAGGGGGCUAUGAUAGCCUAUCUUAUCUUUUUUUAUUUGACAACACAGCAGAGUAUUCUGCCCACUGGGUCCAAGCCAACUGCAAGGGCGCAAUGCCAUUACUAUUCCCAUCUGAAACACUUCUGUUUCGCCACAAAGAAACAAACAGCCCUGAAGCCCAUGGCCCGUCGUGCGAAUGCCAGUCCUUUCGAAAUUAAUCUUACUUCGCUGCUCUUUCCCCCAUAGCUUUGAAACAGUAUUUCCUUUCGAUCCGCAAAUCCACUUUGGAAGUUGUUAUUGAAUCCGUUUCCACCUCCUUUUCAGCUGGCAAAUUCCCGGUUAUACUUGAGACAAAAAUGCCUAAUUUCAUUCCCUUCUGGUUCUUUGUCCUACAAAUUAAGUCUGAGAGUUUGUCUGGUUACGAGCCUUCUGCCACUGAAACUCGACACAAAUCCUUUCAUGAGUUUUGAACACCUCAAGUACUGGUUUGUUGGUAAACCGCAGCCUUCCCCUCGUUCCAGUUUGAUUUCUUCUGUAAUUCCUGAUUUGUGGUGCAGUUUAACACACAUCUGAGCGGAUUACUGGGAUCCCGUGACGCCAUUGCCCAUUGCGACCCGCGGUCUGGGCCGGUGCAGAAGCCUGCCGUCGCUGUCUGCCUUGUCCCGUCGGUGGGGGGGACUGCACAGGUUGGUCUGGGCGGUGCAGACGGCGGUGGGCAGGCGGGGCUCGGAGCCUGUUGCACGGUGGCUCGGCGCGGCUCGGCUCAGACCCGCCUUCCUCCUGCAAACUCGGCCCAGUUUCUGUGUGAAGAUGGCGGGAUCAGCAGCGAAAAGCGACAGAGUGAUAGUGGACGGACAUCACUUGAACAACUCAUUAACUUCCCCAGACUUUGAAGAUGUACCACGCUUGACUGUUCCUUUUUGUGGUACUAUAAAAGGAGGGAUGAGACCAGGAAAGAAGAUCAUUGUGAUGGGUAUCGUGGAUCCCAGCCCAGCAAGCUUUGAAAUCAGUUUGUGCUGCGGAGACUCAGAUGUGUCACCAGCCGAUGUUGCCAUUGAACUUCAGGCAAGAUUUGCUGAUCAGCAGUUUGUCAGAAAUGCUUUCGUUUCUGGAGAAUGGGGAGAAGAAGAAAUGCCCAUCCCCUACUUUCCCUUCAUUCCAGACCAGCCAUUUAGGCUUGAGAUACACUGCGAAUACCAAAGGUUCCGCAUAUUUGUCGAUGGACAUCAGCUUUUUGAUUUUCAUCAUCGUGUUGAGAACUUUUCAGCAAUUACUGAAAUAAAGAUUAUUGGUGACUUGCAGCUGACCAAACUUGCUUAAGGACUGCUGGAAAAAAGAUGAACUUUCUGCUGUUAGGUCAAAGACUUGUCAUCAUGCAUGUGAGGCGGUACUAGCUGGGUCUAAGCUAUCUCGGUGUUGGUCUCCAUUGUCUGUUGUGUGAAAAGGAGAAUCAAAUUGUUGUUUGCCAUUGGCAAUUAAUGCAGGGAAUUUAGGGAGCAAUUUGGGGAAAUGCUUGCAGCAGUUGAUUAAAAUACGGUUAAUAAUGGCUCUGGGCUGCAAGGAGGAUACAUUCUAGUCGUGGCUUCAUAUGUACAGAACAUUAAUUUGGGAGGGGGAGGGACAGGGUAGCAGGGCAAUGAACACGGUAUUUUUGUGUUGUUUAAACCUUGCACUUCGUUCACGUGUUUCCGCACUGAAAUGACAGCACAAAUAAUUAACAAAUAUAUAUUUUAAAGAAAGAAUGAACAGUCAGGGUAUUGUUUAGAUUGUAAAUGACAUGCUUUGUGUACUGUAACAUGGAUGGUGUAUUUUGUGCUAUGUAAUACCAUGUAUUUAUAACUAUCUUGCCUUUUAGUCUUAAUGAAUUAUUAACCAUCAACUGUAGGGUAUGUUAACAAAUGAAUGUACCAGAUGUUUAUUAUGUUUCUGUAAAUGAGAAGUAUAUUUCUAGAAAUUCCUAGGUUAUUAAUAGUUUUAUAGAUUACAAGCAAUAAAUGUUGAUAUCUCUAUAAUGGAGUUUUAAAAAAAUCACAUAAAAAUACAAAACAUGAUGCUAUUCAUAGAAUUAAUUUUCUAGAAAUAUAAUUUAAUUUAUGCUUCAUUAUGCUUUUGGGUUAAUGAUGCUAAGUUAAACUGUAAUGGGGAUGGAAGUUAACACUAUUACUGCAGUGAGUUGUAUUGUAAUGAAAAUAAUAUUUCACUAAAAAUAUUCUAACUGUAAAAGAACACUAAAUUGAACGCAAGUCUAGAAUAUCUGAUAUUUUAUGUGUUUUCAUUUGUAUGUAAACUGAUUGCUUUGGGUAAGCUGUGUUUAUUAUCAGCUCUAUUAUUUACCAAUACAGAUCUGGAGAAUUAGUAGGUCUAAUUGGAGAGUGUUUUGUGAUCACAUAUUUUGGAACAGAGUAAUUAUUAUAGAAACUGUGUCAGAAGAAGGCCAAUUAAUAUCAUGUUAUCUGUAUGUUUUGUGUUUAGAAUAGAUACUUUGGCAUUAUUCACUCAUUUUUAAUGUUUUCCUGUAUUUGUUGAAGUACAUUUCCCCUGCUGUAUAAUUGACUGUAUAUCUGGCUUUAUUUAAAAGCAUGUUAAAUUCAGGAAGUCAUUAAUGAAACUUUAUCAGAAAUAUCAAUAUUAUGGAAACUCUGUCUUAAGAUCUCAUCCUGAUUAUUUUUCCAUAUUUAAAAAGAGCUGUAUAACUGAAUAGUGGCAUAAUUCAAUCCCCCUCCUUUAUUUCUGCUUCUCUAACACUGCAGUGUAUUGCUGGGUCUUUAUGAAAAGAUAACUCACCAGUUAUUCAAAGAUGCCUUUCAAAAUGUAACGUUGUCAUGAAUGUUGUGCAUUUAAUUUUGUUAAGAUCAACUGAUAGCACAUUUACAAAUAAAUAUUUGUAAGUUCCCCAUACUUCCUUUUUCAUUCCUCUCCCUCCCUAUCCUUCAUCUUUGUUUUCGUUCCCUUUUUCAAUGUAAUGGUGAAAGUGGGGUUGGGAAAAUGACGGCAUUGUUUGCUACUCAUGACAAAAUGUCUGCAAACUCAGGUUGAUCGUUUCA